AUGCUUGGUUGGAACGUCCGUGGGCUCACUGAUGAAACCAAACUUCUUCUGAAAGAGCAUUGUGCCUCUUUUUCGCCGUUGGUGGUCGGUAUUCUGGAACCUAAAAUGGCUUUUCAUAAUUGUCCUGCUUCUUUUUGGCGUUCUUUGAAUGUGGUUCCUUGUCAUCAGAACUCCAGAGUUGAUAUGUGUUCGAAUAUUUGGGUGUUCGUUCAUCCUGUUGUUUCUGUCAGAAUUGAGUUAUCUACUGAUCAGGUUGUUUUAUUGAGUUGUGUUUGGCUUCAUCAUAACUUUAGGGUUGCUGUGGUUCACGGCUCAAACUCUCAUAUUGAACGGCGCACUCUGUGGCUAGAUUUGCUGAAUUAUUUUGAUGGUCAGACGGUUUUCAUUGGUGAUUUCAAUGCUGUUAAGGGAGCUCAUGAACGGAUUAGCACCCGUCUCCCAAAUGCAGCUGCUUGCAGAGAGUUCAAUGAUUUUAUUGCUGCUACUGGGUUUGUUGAGCCCCAGACUUCUGGUCUUCGAUUUACUUGGUCGGGCCGGAGGUUUAUGCCUUCUCAUGUUGAGUCAGUUCUUGACAGGGCCAUUGUUUCGACUUCUUUCUCAGAUAGCUGGCAGUCUAUAACGUCACAUGCUCUUCCCCGUGUGACGUCUGAUCAUGCACCAUUGGUGCUUAUUUGUUGCCAAGCUCAGCAGACUAGUCGUCGUUUCUUCAAGUUCUUACAUAUGUGGACUAGUCAUCCGGAUUUUGAGAGUUUCGUUGAGAAUUCUUGGCGGGACCCGAUGGACACGCGAUGUCCGAUUUAUAGGGUUAUGUUUAAACUUAAACGGCUGCGAAAGGAGCUGCAAAAUUGGAAUAGAACUGUCUUUGGGAAUGUUGAUAUUUCAAUCGCUACUGCGCAGCAGGAGUUAUUGGAGAUUCAGGCUCAGAUUUCACAGGAAGGGUAUACAGAUGCGCUUUUUGACGCAGAGGUUUUAGCUCAGGCGAAAAUUAAUGUGUCUUUAUCCAGAAAGAGUAGUCUGCUUCGUCAAAAAUGUAGAGUCAAGUGGCUGCAUGAUGGAGAUCGGAAUAACUCGUUUUUUCACUCCCUGCUUCGUUACAAGAAGAGAUCUUAUAUGAUUGCCCAUCUUGAGAUUAAUAAUCAGAUGGUUUAUGAUCAGGAUGAGAUUGGUGGUCAUAUUGUCCAGUUUUUUACUAGUCUCUUUGCUGAAGAUCAGACAGCUGAGGUGGAUAUUGUGCAGAUUGAGGCUGUAAUUGAUCACAAGGUUUCCUCCGCUAAGAAUGCCUUACUGUCUAGGAUUCCUGAUCAGGAGGAGAUUACCGCUGCGGUUUUUGACAUGGAUCCACACAGUGCUGCGGGUCCGGAUGGCUUCUGUGGUAGGUUCUAUCAUGCUUGCUGGAGUAUCAUUAAGCAGGAUAUCUGGGAGGCUGUUAGGAAUUUCUUUGUGGCUUCCUAUCUUCCAACGGGUUGCAACUCCAAUACUUUGAUUCUCAUUCCGAAGAAAGAGACGGUGAAUUCUGUUGCUGAUCUGAGGCCUAUUGUGCUUUCGAACUUCCUUUUCAAAAUCAUUUCAAAAGUUUUGGCCACGAGACUGAGCGGUGUGGCGGCGGAGAUGGUUUCCAAGCAUCAGUAUGGUUUUGUUCGCGGUCGUUCCAUUCAUGACUGCAUUAUGCUUGGUUCUGAGGGAGUGAAUUGCCUCAAGCGUUCUCAUGGGGGGGUUAACAUGGCUUGUAAGAUUGAUAUCAGAAAGGCUUUUGAUACCUUACGUUGGGAUUUUCUUCUUAAGGUUUUGCGAGCUGGAGGCUACUCUGAAACUUUCAUCAGAUGGAUUGCUAUUAUUCUUCGUUCUGCAAGACUUUCAAUUCUUUAUAACAGCAAUCUUUGUGGUUAUUUUCAGUGUUCUAGAGGCGUCAGGCAGGGGGAUCCUUUGUCCCCAAUUUUAUUUGGAAUUGCUGAAGAUGUGCUCAGUGUCCUCUUCCAGAAUUGUGUUGAUUCUGGUAAUCUUGUUCCAAUGAAAUUGACCAGAGGUACUGCUUUCCCUACUCAUCUCCUUUAUGCAGAUGAUAUUUUGGUGUUUGGUCGUGCAACGACUGCGAAUGCUCGUAAGAUCACUCAUAUUUUGGAGUUUUAUGGCUCUAUCUCGGGUCAGAUCUGUUCUAUGGAGAAAUCUCACGUUUAUUUUGGGGACAAGACUCCUAACAGGUUGAGACGUCAUAUCAUUAAUAUUUUAAAUUUCAGGAAGGGUUCUCUGCCAUUCAAUUAUCUGGGCGUGCCUAUUUUCUCUGGGAGGGUCAAAGCCUCUUUCUUGCGUGCAAUUCAUGAUCGGAUUAUUCUCAAGUUUGCCAGAUGGAAGGGCAUGCAGCUUUCUAUGGCUGGUAGAAUUUGUUUGGUGAAGUCUGUGAUUCAGAGUUCUAUUACGCAUUCUAUGAUGGUGUAUCGCUGGCCGAGAAGUCUCAUUAAGGACCUGGAUUUGAAGUGUCGGAAUUUUAUCUGGACUGGCGAUGUUUCCAAGAGACCCAGCUGCCCGGUUAGUUGGGCGAGGGUGUGUGCUAUUAAGGAGGAGGGUGGUCUUGGAAUUCGUUCAUUUGAUAUUAUGAACAAGAGCUACUUGAUGAAGAUGGCGUGGAACAUUAUUGGUGGGCAUUGUUUCAGUCAUCAGAUUAUGCGCAGUAGAUAUUUGACGCCGCUUUGUCGUCCUACCAAGGCGGCGGCGUCUUCGAUUUGGUUGGGCUUGAGGCAGGAAAUCCCUGAGUUACUUGAUGAGGCUUAUUGUUAUGUGGGUGCAGGAACUUCGAUCAAUUUUUGGAAAGAUGAUUGGCUUGGUUACUCUCUUGUGAAGCGCUGUGGUGUCUCGGAUUUCCUUUUGGAGACGCUGACUUGCUCAGUGGCGGAUUAUUAUUAUGAGGGGAUCUGGCAUUUCACUCAAAACUUUUUAAAUGUCUUCCCGGAAAUCAUUUGUGAUAUCCUGCUUCUUCCUGUAGGGGAGGGUUCGGAUGAUAGGUUUUGGAAAAGUUCUGUGCAUGGUACGGUCUCUGCUGCCGCAGCUUUCUCAAAACGCUGUCAUGGGUUUCCUAUUGUUAAGUGGGGUUCUUGGAUUUGGGAAAAUUUCAUCCCGGUUAGACGUUCGUUGCUUUGUUGGAGGCUGAUUCAUAACCGAUUACCUACUUUCGAUUGCCUCAUUAAGCAAGGAUUGAUUUUGCCUAAUUUUUGUUGUUUUUGCUAUAGGAGUGGGGAGUCUAUCGAUCAUCUUUUCUGGCAAUGCAGCGAGCUUAGACAUGUUUGGGAGGAGUUCUUGAACUGGUUUAAUUUUAAUGGUGAGCAUGUUGAUAUCCAUGGUUUCUUAGUUGCAGCGUGGAAUCAUAAGCCUAGCUCUCAAGUUCUGACGUACUGGAAGGCUGGUAUUAUUUAUCUUCUUUGGGCUAUUUGGCAUCAAAGAAACGAGUGUGUGUUCAAAGGGAAGGUUUAUAGCAGUCAGCGGUUGCUUCAACACAUUAGGGUUGCUUUUAAAGAAGUUGAAGCUAACUUCAGCAAGUUGGGUUGUAUGAAUAACAGUUGGUCGGAUUAUUUGAUUAUUAGGAGGAUUGGGGUGGCGACUAGAGCUUCGCCGCCUCCUAUUUUUGUGAAUGUGCAUUGGUGGCCCCCGAUUCUACAGUGGAUUAAGGUCAAUACUGAUGGCUCCACUUUAGGAGCUCCGGGGAAGAUCGCUGCGGGCGGGGUAUUUCGGGAUAAUCACGGUUGUGUCCGUGGGUGUUUUCAUCAAGAUGGCGGCAAAGGGUUUGCCUUUGAAGCGGAGCUUCUUGCGGUCAUUCUCGCGAUUCAAAUUGCGCAUGAGAGGAACUGGCGGUUUUUGUGGGUGGAAUCAGAUUCUACUUAUAUUGUGAAUCUUUUUGGAAGUCGGGAUUAUUUGGUGCCGUGGCGCUUCGUCGCGGCUUGGAAGAAGACCUUAGGUUUGCUUAGAGAUUUCAAUUUGCAGGUUACUCAUAUUUACAGGGAGGGUAAUAAGCCGGCGGAUAUUAUGGCAAGCGAGGUGGUGCCAAAUGGUUGGUGGCUCCAUGCGAUUGAGGCUAUCAAGACGGCGGUUGGUCUUGACAUGGCUUCUCACAGCCACGUUCGUUUACGUUAUUGA